GGGAAAACAUUUGUUUGUGUUGUGUCUGGUGAUAUCGAUUUUUUCGAUCUGAGGAAAGAAGAGAAAAAAAGAGAAGUGCGAAGAAUCAUUAAUCGUAGAUGGGAGAAUCGAGGUCGUUUGCGGAGGGAUUCAAGGGGUUCUGGGAGGAGAGGUUGUCGUUCCUGGAGAAUUACACGAGGUUCACCAAACGCGACACGCCUCUUCCUUCUUGGUCUUCCUCCGACGUUGAGGAGUUCAUAGCUUCCGAUCCCGUUCAUGGACCCACCCUGAAAACAGCUAGGGAAGCUGCGACUUUUGGUGUUGCCGGAGCUGCACUCGGAGCUCUAUCUACUGCCGCUUUUGCCUGGAAAUAUUCUAGGAGUCCGCAUGGUGCUGCAUUGUCCUUCUUAGGAGGAGGUGUUUUUGGUUGGACCUUUGGGCAGGAAGUUGCGAACCACACCUUGCAACUCUAUAAGCUGGACACAAUGGCGGCUCAAGUUAAGUUCAUGGAAUGGUGGGAGCGCAAAUCUCAAUGAAGGUCUUGAAUCCAAAAUAACAAAGACUGUUGCUACUUUUUCCAUCGAAGUAUCUAUAUUGCAAUCAGCUUGAAAUGUGAUAAAAGUUAAAUCCAUUUCCAGACCUUUUUUAUUAUGUUAUCACUCGUUGAACAUGUUUGUUUUUCUUGUCUCAAUAAUACAUGUCCUCACAUGGAGAGUGUUUUUUUGUGGAA